AUGGCCGACACGCCAGACACUCCGGGCAGUCCUCCCCUCACUCCCGAUACUCCAACCCCCGAGGAGCUGCCCGGCGAUGUCCCCAAGAGGAUGCCCUCGCUACGAUCCGUCUCCGAUCCCCAGAACCCAGGCCACCCAAUGUCGGCCUCGUCCACGCCCCUGGGCGUCCUGUCCAACGCCCGACGGCCGCCCAUCAACACGGGAAUGUCUAGUAGCCGCAAUCUCCCCGACGACCUGAGCGCCAAGAUGCGAGCCUUCCACCUGUCCCGCCAGGGCAGCUCGCCGCUGAACUCGCAGCCCAACACCGCAGCGCCCCAGUCUCCCUCGACCGGCGCCCCCGGCGGCGGCCCCGUCAUGGGCGGGCUACCGGGCAACAUGCGCAUGCCUGGCCUGAGCCCGGGAGGCCUGCAGCGGCCGGGGGCGCCGUCUUUCCCCAAGUCUGCGCCUUCAAUUCCCGCAGCCGGCGGUCUCGCUGGCAAGCGGAAAUUCGGGCUCAAACUGGGUGACAUAGGAGGAGGGCCUUCGCCUGCCGCAGGCUCUCCAGCGCCUGGCCCCCCUGGCUCGGUCCCACUCCCACAGCCUGUGACGACCGGUGCCCCCUCGCAAAUGAAGCAAUUCGAAGAAUACAUCGACUCGGAGAAGGGAUACUUGACCUUCAAGGGAAAGGCCAUCAUCACCAACAAGGGCGUCGAGUUCUCGGAUGGCAAUGUCUUCAGGAUCUCCCUCGAUGAGGUAGAGAAGCUGGACGAGCUGGGCAAGGGAAACUACGGCACCGUCUACAAGGUUCGCCAUAGCAAGCCCAAAGCCCCGAGGUUCGGUCCUGGCUUGUCUGGCUUCAAAUCGGCCUCCGUUGCCGGGCUGCCCACAGAUAAGGACGUUUCGGAUUUACCAACUGACCCCACGGCCGGCGGCACCAGCGGCAAAGUCAUGGCUAUGAAAGAGAUGCGCCUUGAGCUGGACGAGGCCAAACUGGGCACAAUCAUCAAGGAGCUCGUCAUCCUGCACGAAUGUGUAUCUCCAUACAUAAUAGACUUCUAUGGCGCCUUUUUCCAGGAGAGCGCUGUCUAUAUGUGUAUCGAGUACAUGGAUGGCGGGUCCAUUGAUAAGCUCUAUUCCGGGGGCAUACCCGAGAGCGUCUUGAGAAAAAUCACGUACUGCACAGUCAUGGGCCUCAAGGAGCUGAAGGAGAAGCAUAACAUCAUUCAUCGAGAUGUGAAACCCACAAACAUACUGGCCAACUCGCGCGGGCAAGUCAAGAUUUGCGACUUUGGUGUUAGCGGGAACUUGGUAGCAAGUAUCGCCAGGACGAAUAUCGGCUGCCAGAGCUACAUGGCUCCCGAGCGAAUUUCCGGCGGUCAGUUCAUGUCCACAGGGGCAUCCGACGGUACAUAUAGUGUGCAGAGCGAUAUCUGGAGUUUGGGUUUGACCAUUAUCGAAUGUGCCAUGGGCCAGUAUCCCUACCCACCGGAAGUCUCGUCCACAAUCUUCAGUCAACUGAGCGCUAUUGUCGAAGGAGAUCCUCCCGACUUGCCCACUGAGGGCUAUUCUGACACCGCGCGCCAAUUUGUUCAUGGAUGCUUGAACAAGGUGCCCAAGCUGCGGCCGAACUACCAGGCCUUGCUGAAUUCCGAAUGGCUAAAAACUCUUACCAAGCCCGAGACUAUCACCGAGGAGGAUGAGGAGUCAGCCGAGAAUGACGCCAGCGCAGAGGCUCUUGCAAACGCAGCAGACAAGCUGGAUGUCAGUCGAUCGGGCACGGAAGACGCAGAGGUCGCCGCUUGGGUCAAGGACGUCUUGGAGAAGAAGGCGACUGGCCAAUACGGCAUCCAGGUUCCAAAGCCAGCUCUGCACGCUGCACCACUUGAUGCAGUCAGCCCUCUGGCAAGCCCUGAAGCUCGUCACUGA